AUUGCUCAAAGUUUUGAGACCGCGAACCGAACUCCAUGGAAGUGUCAGAUAGAAUGUGCGAAGCAUGCGGAUUAUUUCAGACUGAUUGACGAGACAGACGGAAUGACGAGACAGAAUGCGUUUGCUUCUAGAAGUUAAGAAGGUCGGCGCCCAAUAAGCUCAUGUCUGGCCGUGAACGUAGCUAUAUUACCAACCACCUGCGUUUUGUUUCCUACUUGAGUUCGCCAGUGCUCAAGUUCAGCGGCAGCCAAACAUCUCGGGGAGUCGGCGUGAGGGUGGUUUGUUAAGACAGACGAGUUUCUUCCGUCAAGUCGAGCCAGAGGAUGUGAGAACUACACGGAAUACUUUAUACUAAAGUUCAUCGCUCGGGCAAAACUUUUCAGCCUGUGACUUACUAACAAGCACAAGUUCAAAGGAAACGGAUUUUUAAGACGCACCACUUCAAACGCUCGACGGUUAGGAUGGAGACCCAGGUGCGCGUGGCGCUCUUGUUGUUCGUCGUUACGUUGGGGGGAUCCGCCGGGCUCGCACGAGCCCAAGGGGGAACCACCAGAGCGAUGAGAGGGAACGUCAGACGAGACGACAUAUACCGCAAGGAGGAGGUGGUGGAGGUCACCGCCGAAGGGGGCUCCGUCUCAAGCCCCCGCUACCCCAACUCAUACCCCCGCAACCUGCUGUUGUCAUGGAAACUGGUGGCGCCGCCCGGCUGCCGCUUGCACCUGGAGUUUGACACUCGCUUUGGCCUGGAGGAGUCCGAGAACGGAGUGUGUAGGUAUGACUUUGUGGAAGCGGAGGACCAAUCGGAGACCAGCACCAUAAGUUGGGGUCGGUGGUGUGGCCAGAGGGCUCCGCCCAGUCUUAACUCCAAAACCAACACGCUGAGGGUCACCUUGAAGUCUGACGACUACUUUGUGGCCAAGCCGGGCUUCCGAGCGUACUACAGCUUGCUGCACGACACCCCCCCCCCUGAAUCCAUAACCAACUGGGAGGCCGUGACCCUGCCAGGGUCGGAGCUGGCCGCCGACCAGACGGCCGGCACCCUGCAGCCCUUCUCCAUAGAGGACCUGGACCGCACCAUCGCCGUGUUCGAGACGGUGGAGCAGCUCCUGCAGAACCUGAACCCAGACACCUGGAGACAGGACCUGGACAGCAUCUACACCCAGACACACCUGCACUACAGGUCCAGGGCCUACCACCUGGCCAGCAGGCACAAUAAAGUGGACCUGGACCGUCUCUACGACGACGUCCGGCGCUACAGCUGCACGCCGCGCAACCUGACGGUGAACCUGCGCGAGGAGCUGCGCGCCACCAACGCCGUCUUCUUCCCCCGCUGCCUGCUGGUCAAGCGCUGUGGCGGGAACUGCGCCUGCGGGACGGCCGACUGGAACAACGGCUGCACCUGCCAGGCGGCCAAGACCGCCGUCAAACUGCACGAGGUGUUGAAGUACGCUCCGGAGAUGAGGUCGUCGGGGAGCCAGCGGAGGCCCCGGGUCCGUUGGGUCAUCGACGAGAUCUUCCUCACACACCACGAAAAGUGUCACUGCGUGUGUCCCUCCAGACCCCCUCGCUGAGACCCUCCGACCCACGCCGGCCGAUCACCGCACACACACAUGCACACACACACACACACACACCCCACACAUACCUUGGACUUCUAACUGGCUAGGUUUUGUUUUGUCCGUUUUUUUCUGUCGCUACAGCUACAGCAUGUGCUUGUUACAACUUGACUCCCACGUACAGGGGAGUGAAUACAUCUAUGCAACCUGACUGACAUACUAGAGUAUACACCAUUCAAACGACAGGCAACCCAACUAAAUGUACAUGUAACGGCGUUGUCAUCUGUUCGCUCACCGCACCUUAGGUUCAAACGUUGUGAAAGACCAAGCCAAAAACAACAACAGCCCAAUACACUGUAGGGCUGUUCGUCCCAAAUACAGCCGACAAACUGGCCUUUUAGUACCACUUCAACUGUACAUUUUGUUCCAAGUGUAAAACUUGAACAACUCGAACACUUGAACUUGGCUGUUGACAUGAGUUAAGUGAAACUUUUCCAUUAGCAUGUGUGUUUCCCUAAGCCAUGUGUUGGAGGACCCUGUGUUCCUCGUGGUGUUGUGCGUGUGUGUACGGCUGCGGGAGGGUUGGAGGCAGUGAGAACCCAAAUAACACUUCAUGCGAGUCGGGAAUCAGGCUAAACCAAACCCUACGCCCCCUCGCUCACGCAGCCACACAGGAACACGCCCGCACACCCCCACACACACACACACACACACAAUGAGCAGCCCCUAAGGCCUUCCUGCUCCCUAAAGACAACAAGCGUAUAUUUAUAUUGAACUCUUUCCUGCGCCGCUUUCUCUGAAGUCCUCUUUGUGUUUUCCUCUGUUUUUACUGAUAAAGGGGUGUUGAAACGCAGAGCCCCCAGCACACUACUCCCUGCCUCCCCGCCCUAUCCCCUUUCCCCCUCCCUCUCUACCUCUCUCUCCCUCACUCUCUCUCUCCCCCCUUCCUCGUCCCCCUCUUUUCCCGUUUCCUUUGCCGUCUCCUUCCACUUGACACCCUUCCUUCCUACGUUUCCUUCAGCGACUGUGACGGCAGAGCGCUGUAGAGAGCGGUGCCCACCACCUGUUCAGACCCCCGCCCUCCGACACACCCGAUUGGGACCCUGGAAUGGGGCUCCAGGGUCCCAAUCACAGCUUCGUCCUCCCAGCCAGGGACACACCGGCAGAGUGUCCCGGGCCAGGCUGAACUCAAGCAGAAUGUGAAGCCAGGUCAUCUGAGGGCCAGACUACCAAACGUCAUGCUUUGUUUUCUCCUGAACAACACUUUAAAAAACAGCCAGAGGUGGUGAUGUUGUUGUUGUUGUUGUUUUCCCGACACCCAACAUUCUUCUUAAAUAUGCCGUUCCACAGAGAACAUGCCGCACAUUCUGAGGCACCGAUGUGAUUAAUACUUUAGAGUCUGUGUGUGUGAAUGUGCCAGCACCUUUACAUCCUGUGUAGUUUGAUCAGCACAUUCCAUGGUGGCAUGCGCCAAAGGGACAUUCCUCUGUGUUUAUUAUUGUCCUGUGUGUUUCCAUGCCUCUGAACCCCAUUGUGUGACUGUCAAGUCAUUUGUUUUUUGACGUGCGCUAUAACAUUCAUUUUCAAUAACACCACAGAAUUCUAUGCACAACAUUGCAAACAUUUUCAUUCCGUGAAAGCAUGAAAGAAAUGUCCAACCUGCUUUCACUGUAUUCCGUUAGUUAACCACGUCAAAACUGCCCUCUUUACCAUCAUUAUUUAUUGUUUCUUUCUUUGUUAUUUUCAUAUUGGCUGUUUGUUGUUUUAUAAAUAAAGCAUUUCCAGCA